AUGCACGAUGUGCGCGAACUCACCAACCAUAAUAUUUCCACAACUGCUCAUUUUGACGACCAACCUACACAAUCGGCAGGAGGGUAUAAACCCGUUGAGUAUGGCCCGGUCUUCCGAGUGGGCACCAGCCCCAACUGCUGGCGGAGUUAUUCCAGCACAGCAGGAGCGGGGACGUUCGGAAUUCAGCUGGGCAAACUCAGAACUGGGAAGGCAGGGGUGUUCACCGGUGAAAUCCGAGAUAUCGAUUUCCGAAUCCCCGGUCUUCAGCAACAUUUGAGCGACAUCGCAAAGUCUUCUCGUCCCUCCUACAUACGACCGCAUACAGAAACCAUAGUGGAUCUCAAGAUGUCCUUUCGUUACAUCAGUGUCACUUGUGCACAGCGUGCCAUCAAAUUGGCCAAGUUCAAAAGGGACAUUUUAAGGACCCCCGAAGCUUUACCCACCAGCAGGCAAGGCUCCCCCCAAGACGCUGACAUCGAACCCAAGGAAAACUACAAUCAAUGGUAUUCAGGAAUGCUGCGACGACCAGCUCUGCAAGGUUAUCGUCAGCGGAUUGACCGCAAGCCUUCGUCCACAGAGCAUGAAGCUCCCAUGAACACGCAACACCUCCGAGAAGUGGAGGAGCACAAGGCUGAACUCGACCGAGACGGGAAGCGUCACGUUCAGGUGAAGGCGCAGUCGACGGCAGGGUUGAAUACAGAUCUCGAGCGUUCACGGCAUUCCAUAUCUGAACGACGAGCAGCCUGGGUACCCCCUUUAGAGGGGGAUUAUGCUGGCCAACGACGACGUCGCAGGACCAGCAUGCGAUCCAUUAGCUCGGCUACAGCAAUCGUGCUUCCGGAAAACGAUGACGAAAUGCAUGGGGGCGGUCCGGAAUUGGGGAGGAGGCAGGUUGAUACAAGGAAGGCCCCUUGGACUGCGUUGACGGGAUUAGGGGAGAAGGACUCUGACAUUCGUGGCAGGGACGGUCGCUCGUAUUCUGCACCUGGUGAACGUGACGAGAACCAUGCUGUUCAUGUCUCUGCUUCUCGAGCGAGAAUUCCAAUCCCGUCUCUCACCUCACUGAAGGAGGGUCUAGAAAUGAUAGGCCAAGCGGUGGAGCGCCUUUGCGGUCAUCCAUCUGGCGGGUCACCCUCAUACCCCCGGGCCGCCAAUAAUGAUCACCGCUCCUCUCUACCACCUCAAUCACGAUCAGCGACAUAUGAUGAUGCGAGGAAAUUACCUCAUCUUUCUACUCGAGCGCAGUCAAUUUCGCAAGAACUUUCCCAUGACAGAGAUGAUAAUGAUUACCCGUCAUCUCCAGGUACUCAAUGCAGUGUAGGACCAAAGUUUUUCUUCGCCGGCGACGAGCUCUUGGAUGAUCAAGAUUCGAUACCGCAACAAGAUCCCUCUCCUCCCUGGGAUUCCGCUGGCUCAGGGCGGAGAGUGUUCAGACUUCGAUGGCCCACUACAGAGAGAUCUAGCACUGUGGCUAAAAACGAUCGACCCUCUCCCGGAAGCACAGACCACGGUGAGCGAUCACUGGGAAUCCAACUCCCAAUAGUGGACAACGAUUACGAAACGCUCGAGGGCAGUACAGUACGAGUACGAGGGAGGCAGAUCGUUAGGACAAAGGGCUCUUGGGCUUCUUCGGAGAAGGCGAGGGAGAAGGGACCCGGGACCCGUCGCAGUGCCGGUCGUUGGUAUUCCAUCUUUCACCGAGGUGACGAGAGACAUGCAAGUCCUGUCCCCAUUUCUUUGAGAUCUACGCCAAUCCCAUCUCCUCACCCACCGUUGACUGCUCAAGCACAGCCAACUGUUCAAGAGUUUGGUCAUGCUGGUGAUAAUAGGCACCACUCUUUUUCUCCUCCAGUUAGUCGCCACAUAGGUCGACAAUCUUCCUUUGCCAAUGACGGACGCUCCGAUUACCAUGAUUCUAUACUUCGACGACAACUCUCUCCUCCGCAUUCUGCUGACUCUGGAUGGGAAGGUCUCAUGGACUCAUUCUCCGACAAUCGCUAUCAGGAGUCACACAAGGACAGAAGACCUAUGCGACACUACUGUUCUCUAUCGCCGUCAGGCUCUUCGCGCUAUCACCCCCCACCCUCGUUGGUCCCAAGAACCGAAUCGGGAGUGUGUUUGCGGAACGUGAAUCCUUCUGAUGGUCAUGAAAGCCUGGAUCAUGUCAGUGUUAAGUCGGACCACCGUUCGAACCAUGCUCGUCAGAGCCCGUCUUCGAGGGCAGUGUGGGAUGCAUCUGAAAGAGAGACUUAUGACGACUACUCUGCCCAUGUCUCCAGCUGCUUAUCGACCGCUAGGCCCAUAUUUGUUCCUUGUCGUUGCGCAACACCUCCUCCGGUUAAUGAAGUUUCAACUUGGAAAGAUUGGGUGGGUGUUCCUGAAGGCCGACCUGGCUACGAACCGAAUUUCCCUCCUUUAUUGCCCCCAAUAGUCGGAGGACCGUUACCGCACUAUGCUGGUUCACUUCCUCGGCGCGGAGACAUUUCUCAUUCAGCUCCGGAGUCACCUCGAUGCCACAACCAUCACGCAGCGCAUAGUCCUCGUGAUUGCCUUUGUGAUGACGAUGGGCUUGAGGGGGAGUAUACAGACGAGCCCAGGCUCUCUGGAGAAAGCUCCGUUGGACAUGGGCCGGUAAGAUUGCCGUCUUGGUCUAGGGAAGAGGAUUGGAAGGGACAAGAAGAAGAGACACUAAGUCUAGCAGUUACAGCAAGACAAAGCUCAUCUAUUGAGAGGGACGACACAGGACAGGGUUUCCAGGACUGGAAUCCAAGUGAUUGCUUUGGCCGCAUUUACCGCGACGGCCCAUCGACGAUCAAGUCCGUAUCCGGCGCUGUGCUGCAGUGCGCACCACUCCCAGAUGAGUCUGUCCCUCAUUCCGAGACCAUCCAAGAACGGCAUUGUCAACUUGAUGAGAUGGACCUGUCUGAGUCCCGCAUUUUGCUUCUCGAGAAGGUCCAUCAAGAAAUGUGGGCCGAGUUGCUAACCAUCGGGUUUAUCAAGUGGGAUGACCUCCCGUGGCCAGUAUUUGUUCGCACAACUUGCCCAGAGGAUUUGACGUUACACCGAAUCCUUUCAUAUUUGUUACAGGUUUCGAGCGGAAUGGACAUCAUGGAAGCGCUCGUGGAUUCUAGCCGGCUGCAGUGGGCUCAACAACGUCUUCGGAUUCUUCUCGGACACUGGGGACAACCUGGUUUGCAAAAGAAAAUCGAAAACUCUACAGACAAGACUAUGAUACAAGGUGUAAAUAUUGUUACGAGUCAUCUCGAAAGCAUUCUCGAUUUUGUGAACACACAUCAAAUCGACGAAACGCAUCAUACGGAUUUAACUGCAAUCAUUUCUCAAACGUUUUUCAAACACGUUGGUGAAAAUCUGGCUAGGAUUCUUACAAACACAUCGGACAACUCUGGUUAUAAGGCUCUGCUCAGUACGUCAUGUGAUGUUCGGUAUCAUCACGAAUCUCAUGACCUCAAGCUCCUUGAUUGUUCGGAGCUAGCUUCUCUGCCGAGGAACGAUAUUCUAGGAGCGCUUCUGCGACUUUCGAAGUUAUCAAAGUUGUAUCCUGAAUGCUUGACUAUAUCGGAUCUUGAACGGGACGAUGAGGUGUUGGACUCGGGACGCUUUGGCGAAAUCUACAAAGGUCGUUCCCGCAACCAGGCCAUUUGCUUGAAAAUUAUCAAAGUAAAUCGAAAGACGCAAAUUAAGCAUCUACUGAAAGCUUUCUUCAAAGAGGCCCUACUUUGGGGGCAUUUGUCCCAUCCAAAUAUCCUCCCUUUUUACGGAAUUUAUCAUCUAGAAGAUACGCAUGGAAGAAUCUCCUUCGUAUCUCCAUGGAUGGAAAACGGAAACGUAACUGAGUAUCUCAAGAAGCAUCCCCUUGCGAACCGUCUACUUCUACUGAAUGUACUUGUGAAUUGUAGUGGACGCGGUUGUCUCGCCGACUUCGGAUUGGCCAACCUGGUGGACGAAGAUAUCCUCCGUUGGACUUCAAUUCAGACUACCGGACAUCAGGGCAGCGGGACAUUGCGAUGGCAGGCACCAGAGUUGAUUGACCCACCUUCUGAAGAAUCGGCCAAGGCGACGCCAACUAGUGAUAUUUAUUCUUUCGCAUGCGUCUGUUAUGAGAUUUAUACAGGACGUGUUCCUUUCCAUAAGGUUACCCGCGACAUUACGGUGAUGAAGAAAGUGGUUGAAGGCUCUCGGCCACCUCGUCCAGCCGACACAAGCGUCUUGUCCGACGAAAUUUGGAAGGUGAUCGAAAUGUGUUGGAAUCAAGAGCCUCAAGACCGUCCCAGUGCAAAUUCGGUUAUAGAACAACUUCCUCUUGCAGGCAUUGUGGAUGAUAGGCCAAGUGUUGAUGACCACCUGGCUCCCUCUGACUUUCGCGCUGCUGGCCCCAAAAACUUGGGUGCGGUGUUUGAUCCGACAGUUGAUAUUAUUAUCUCUUCUGUUCUCAGUACUCGCAGCGAGGUCACAGACACUGCGCGUUCCCAUCCAAUCCUGGUUGCAUUUGAUUUGUUCAAGGAAGAGCAGCGCGGGAACUUGAAGGUGCAAAGUCUCUGGAUAGACGCAGACAUCCUCCUCCUCCCCCGUUGCUUCCGCGGGCCAUUGUUCAUCAAAUCAAAGCCUAAAGAACAAGACGAUGUUUCCUUGGUGAAUUUGUCACUCAGGAAAGCCGAAGGGGUUUUCAAGAAGCUUUUUGGGAUUUGGGCGGCGCCUAAUGCUAUGCUUGAGAAACCGGAGAGUGUGGGGAAGGUGGUCAUUCGCUCGAGUAUUAGGCGGGCGAAUGGGGUGGUUCCGUCCGGACAGGAGAUAUCGCUCCCGAAUGGAUCAGGUUUCGCGUCAGCGGGGAAUCUGUUCUUGUGA